CGAUCCGUCUACUGAUCAAUUGCUGUUUGAUAUUGUUACAGCAAACAUGAUUCAUGGCCCAUGCGGUACUUUUAAUCGUUCAUCGCCUUGCAUGUCAGAUGGAAAAUGUAAAAAAAAUUUCCCUAAAGAUUUCACUAACGAUACAAUCACAAAUGUCGACGGAUAUCCAAUAUAUCGUCGAAGGAAUCCAGAUAAUGGCGGACAAUCAUUUAUUAAAAACAUCAGCAACACAGACAUUGAUAUUGACAAUCAUUGGGUCGUGCCAUAUUCGCCCCUGCUGAGCAAAACAUACAAUGCUCAUAUUAAUGUUGAGUUCUGCAGUUCUGUGAAGAGCAUCAAAUACAUUUGCAAGUCGGUACAUCAGCUCCAAUGAAGCUGUUUGGCGUAUCUUUGGUUUUCCAAUUCAUGAACGGGAUCCAGCAGUUGUUCAGUUAGCCG